UUUCUUACAUUUUCCUUAAUUUUCUUUGCAUCCAAACAUAGCCUAAUGGACUCCAAAAGUUAUCAAAUUAUGAAAAAUGGAAUCUCAAAUGCUUAAUUUUAACGUAUUUUUCUCCCUUUUUAGCUUCGAAUUUAAGGUUUUGCUUCACCUAUUCGGUCUUUAGGUUUUUUUAAAUUUGAUGGCGGAUCGGACCUCAGCUGCUCCAAAGCCUAUAUGGAUGAAACAAGCUGAAGAGGCCAAGCUGAAAAGUGAGGCUGAAAAAGCUGCCGCUGCUAAAGCGGCUUUCGAAGCCACAUUCAAAGAUGUUGAUAAGGGCCGUAACAAGGAUGUGGUGGCAGCUUCAUCGGAUAGUGAGUCUGAGGACACCAAUGACUUGGUGGACAAACCGGUUGGACCUGUGGAUCCUGCUAAGUGCAUGGCAGCAGGACCAGGAAUAGCUGGUGGCACGGCAUGUGCAGCCUCCACCUUUAUGGUGGUAACAAAGGAUGCAGAUGGGAGGAAAGUGCAGAGUGGAGGUGCGCAGAUUAAGGUGAAAGUUUCGCCAGGUGUGGGUGUUGGGGGUGCGGAACAGGAGGGCAUUGUGAAGGAUAUGGGAGAUGGGACUUACACGGUGACUUAUGUGGUGCCCAAGAGAGGGAACUAUAUGGUGAACAUUGAGUGCAAUGGGAAACCCAUCAUGGGCAGCCCAUUCCCAGUGUUCUUCAGUGCAGGUACUUCUACUGGAGCUGUACUAGGGGUGGCGCCUGCAUCCACAUAUCCAAAUCUAGUAAAUCAAACAAUGCCCAACAUGCCAAACUACACAGGAUCUGUUUCUGGAGCUUUCCCCGGCUUGUUGGGUAUGAUCCCAGGUAUUGUUUCUGGUGCUUCAGGUGGUGCUAUUUUACCAGGAAUGGGGGCAUCUCUUGGGGAAGUUUGUCGAGAAUACCUCAAUGGCCGUUGUGCUAAAACUGAUUGCAAAUUGAACCAUCCUCCCCACAAUUUGCUGAUGACUGCUUUGGCAGCAACAACCAGCAUGGGAACUCUCAGUCAGGUUCCUAUGGCACCUUCUGCAGCUGCAAUGGCUGCUGCUCAGGCUAUUGUUGCUGCUCAGGCCCUUCAAGCUCAUGCUGCUCAGGUGCAAUCACAAACUCAGUCAACCAAAGAUUCAUCUGACUCUCCUGACAAAGCUGCAAAGGGUGAUGCAUUGAAAAAAACCCUACAAGUUAGCAAUCUUAACCCACUUCUCACAGUGGAACAGUUGAAGCAGCUUUUUAGCUUCUGUGGUACAGUUGUUGAGUGUACAAUCACUGAUUCAAAGCAUUUUGCAUACAUAGAAUAUUCAAAACCAGAGGAAGCAACAGCUGCUUUGGCAUUGAACAAUAUGGAUAUUGGUGGUCGACCAUUAAAUGUGGAAAUGGCCAAAACACUUCCUCCGAAACCUGCUAUUUCAUCCUUGACUUCUUCAUCUCUGCCUUUGAUGAUGCAGCAAGCUGUUGCCAUGCAACAGAUGCAAUUCCAGCAGGCUUUGCUUAUGCAACAAACAUUGACUGCUCAGCAGGCAGCUAACCGAGCUGCAAGUAUGAAGUCUGCAACAGAAUUAGCUGCAGCAAGAGCUGCAGAAAUAAGUAGGAAGCUGAAAGCUGAUGGACUUGUUUCUGAAGAGAAGGAAACCAAGAGUAAGUCUAGGUCACCAUCCCCUUCUCAUGCAAGGUCAAGAUCCAAAUCAAAAUCACCCCUUAGUUAUCGGAGAAGAUCAAGAUCAAAGUCUAGAUCACCAAUUAGUUAUCGGCGAAGAUCAAGGUCCAAGUCAAGAUCACCAAUCAUUUAUAGGCGAAAGUCAAGGUCAAAGUCAAGAUCACCAAUCAGUUAUAGGCGAAGGAGGAGAUCUCGCUCUUAUUCACCUCUGCCCCGUUUCCAAAGGGACCGUAGGUCCAGAUCACCUGUGCGAUCUCAUCAUCGUUCAAGAUAUGAAAGUGAACGACGUUCAUAUAGAGAUAGGGAUGACAAUGACAGGAGUGGCAGACGAGAUUCGGAGAGAUCGCGUGAUCGUCAUUCAUCUAUUUCGAGGAGAAAUAGGAGUAUUAGUCCUCGAACUAGAAAAUUAACUCCUGUAGAUUCUGACUCCCCUAAACAUAGUAGAGAAAGUUCACCUAAGCUUAGGAAAUCAUCCCGUCCUGGUUCAACAUCACCAAGGCAUCACAGAAGAAAUAGGUCAUCCCCAAAGAAUGAUGAUGAAAAGAAAUUGAAAUAUAGAAAGCGCUCUAGGUCAAAGUCUGUUGAUUCGGAUAACAAAAAGAAUGAGACCCCAGAUGAAAAAACAAAGCACCGCAGUAGAAGGCGAUCGAGGUCAUUAUCUUCAGAAGGUAGACCUCAAAGAAGAAGCAGGUCUUCUUCUGCAAGUUCAGAUGAAAACAAUUCAAAACACAGAAGGCGGUCCAGAUCAAUUUCUGUAGAAGGCAAGGUUCGCUCCAGCAGUAAAAUUGAUGAAGUGAGAAAAGAUGAAUUGAGACACGGUGAUAGAAGGCGCUCGCGAUCGCGAUCAGGAUCUUCUGAAGGUAGGCAUUACACCAAAGAGAGGAAUGAGAGAAGCAGAGAUAAGAAAUCUAAGCAUCGGGAUAGAAGGCGGUUGAGGUCAAGAUCUGCUGAUGGCAAGCAUCGGGAUAGAAAGAGGUCAAGGUCAAGAUCUUUUGAUGGCAAGCAUCACAGAGGAAGCAGGAGGUCCCCCAGAAAUUCAGAUGAAACUAGAUUAAAACACCGACGGCGCUCCAGGUCAAAGUCUACUGAUGGAAAACAUCGAUCCAUUGAUAAAGUAGAUGAAAGAUCAAAACGUCAUGACAAAAAGCAUUUAGCAUCUGGUGAAGCUCAGCCUCCUAGAGGAAGCAGGUCUUCACCAAGAAGUUCUGAAGACAAUGAUUCGAGGCACAGAAGGCAUUCAAGGUCAAAGUCAGCUGAAGGGGAUGAUGGAAUGCUGGUUUCAAAAGAGGAGGCUUAUGACUUGAAAGUUUCAGUGAAUGAUGAUCAGGAGCUGAGAAGCAAAUAUUUACCAAAAUUUGACAGUGAUGAAGGGCACUCACCAAAUAGCAAAUUGAAUGCAGAUGAACCAGACAGACUUGAAAGAUCAAGUAGUAAGCAGUGGCUUGGUAGUAAUGGGUCAGGAGAUCAAUCCAUUUCUCCUCGUCAGAAAUGAGCCGUGGGCUUAAUGUGUUACUGAACCUUGGGGAUUUUUUAGACUAAAGCUGUUCCAAGCUGUCUGACUCAGUCUCCACUUUAGCCUUUGAUCAAUUCAAGCUUGUUCAGAUAUGAACAAGCUAUUAAGAUCGAUGACAGCUUUUGGCUCCUAUACGAACAGCAGUCACUUAAGACAUUGCUUAGUGUUUCUUUUGGUGUUUGGAUUUUUCAGACAAUUGUUGUUUCUUCAUAAAUGUACGCCAUUGUGCUCUUUUAUCCUUUGCAGGCAUGUGGAACAGAUUGGCAUUGAAGUCUUUGAGCUCACAUUUACAAUGGAUAAAGUAUUUCAAGCAGUGUUCUGCUUUCUUCUCCAAUCAACCAUGCAAUGUUUGUAGCAAGGCUCUUUUACUUCUAGAUGUAUGUGGGACCAUUAUCUCUGCUUAUGAACUGUAAUUUAUGAAGUGUUUACUUGAAAGUUUGCUUCUUUGUUUAGAUCUAUCCUUUCUGCCUCUAUUUAUGUUUAUGUAUGUAUUAGCAAGUGUUCUUCGUGUGUACAUCUCUUUAAAUUCCAACGCAUGCUUAUCUUCCACGAUUGUUUUUGUCUUCUAGCCGUAUUGAUGUCCUACAACUCUUGGCCUUUGAUUGAUGUGCUUGAUCAUAGGACCUGUUUUAUUUGCCUUUGAUGGUCUAGACAGCCUGUUAUAUCCCAACUCAUGCAGGUUUAUUCACGGUGUUCCUGUUGGACCUGUCAGUGAUCAGUUUGGAGGGUUGAUUUUUAACUUUAUCUAUGUGAAGGUAUGCAGUUGCUUUGUGGCAGAGAGCUAAUGCUAUUAGAUAUAUAUUUUGUUUAAAUUUCUUUAGUGUUGAUUGAUUCAAAUUAGGUGACUGCUGCGUUUUGGGCUUGGUUCUAUCUUUUCACUUUGCUUGUAUUUUUUUUUUCUUUCUUUUUUCUCUUUUUUUUUCUUUUUUUUUCCCUUUUUUCGUCAUUUCCAAGGAAAAUUCUUUUCCAAAGCUACUUUAAGGUCCUGUGUAACCAGACUCCGCGGGGAUGAAUAGCGUCUAUAUUUGAGCCCCAUAGCCAGAUUGGUUGAUCAUAAAAAUAAUUUCGUGGUUUAUUCACAGGUAAUCUUUCAUGAUACUGCUUGUCUCAGUUCUGUAUAUGGUAGUACUUGUUAAGUUCGAUUUGCUUGCAUUUGCGGCCUAGAUAGUACUGCUCUGGCUGUGGUAGUUUGAUGCCAAUUGGUCCCUCAAACUCUAUUUGAUCAAGGAAGAAAUUUGAAAUCAUUACAUUCUACUUUGUUGCAUGGUUGUCUCCUGGUAAAAUUAAUGUCAACCAUUUCCAAGUUUCCUAUUUUAAAAUUGAAACAUUACAUGGCCUUUCCUUGGGGGUUUAGCUUGUAGUUGAGACUUACUUGAGAGUGAAAUUUUUGUUGGCUAAAAUAUUUAAAAAAAUUGAUUCUGAACUAUUUCACUUUUCUUAAGCAAGUCCCAAAUUAGUCUUUUUAUCUUUGAUUUGUACCUAACUAAAGAUUUUUAUUUCAAAUGAAAGGUAUAAAGGGUAGGGGUUUAUUUGAGUGUAACAAAAGUAUAGGGACUUGCAUAGAUAAAGUGAUGACAUUCAAGGGAUUUUAUUAUUAUUAUUUUAGCCAUUUUUGUUUUAAUUUGGAAUUGGUAGACAGCUGAUGAUUUGUUAUGGUUGAUUUCAAUUAGGGCUGUGAUGGUAUCGUCUAAAUCUCACCCAUUUUUUAUCAUCUUCGGUCUUCCUCUUUCUUUCUUUUCUUUUUUUUUUCUUUUCCCCUUUCUUUCCAGAUUUUUUUUCUUUUUCCUCCCCCACCCCCUUUUUUUGGCUUGUAUUUUUGUUCUAGGAGGCAUGGAUAUGGUGGUAUAAGAGCGCAGCCUUGAUGUCAAACACUGGAAAUUGUUGAGUUAGCAUGCAGCACUAUAUUUACUUGGAUUCAUGUGUGCGUGAUUGAUACUAAUAUUUUUCUAACAUGACUGUGUUCAAUUUUUCAUUUUCAUGAUUUGGAGAGUUUAGAGGGUAUUUGUUUGUGGUUUAGAUAUAUCAAGAAAAAUGAAGAGUCGAAGCAAUAUUUUAGUUAUUUUUUUAAACGUGUUUGGAGGGCCUUUAGAGGAUAUCUAGGAACAUGUUCGGAAUGUGACGAAGCAGACAUCAAAAUGACACUGCAUUUAAGAUAAUUUUUUAACCUAAUUCUCUAAA